AUGGUGAUAAAGAAAGAAAGAAAGAAAGAAAGAAAGAAAGAAAGAAAGAAAGAAAGAAUAGUCUUUCAGAAAGAAAGAAAGAAAGAAAGAAAGAAAGAAAGAAAGAAAGAAAGAAAGAAUCUGUUUGAAGAAAGAAAGAAAGAAAGAAAGAAAGAAAGAAAGAAAGAAAGAAAGAAAGAAGUACUACAGAGAAAGAAAGAAAGAAAGAAAGAAAGAAAGAAAGAAAGAAAGAAAGAAAUUCAGAUUAGAAAGAAAGAAAGAAAGAAAGAAAGAAAGAAAGAAAGAAAGAAAGAAAGAAAUGGGAAGAAGAAAGAA